GCGUGGAAGCCCUUUACUUUAAAAUGUCAACAAUCAACAACUUUUUUUUUUCAUUUUUAUUUUGAAUUUCAAAUUAGCACUUGGCUUGCAAAUCAGUGACUGAAAUUAGGAUCAUACUCAAAAUUCAAAAAAAAUUUAGAUAACACACAAAUUUUAAGUUUUUGAGGAUAAGUAGCACGAAUAUGGCUGUACAAAAGGGAAAGCAGGGUACCAAAGGUGCAAAACAAAUCAUAGAAGAAAAUUCUGCAACUAUUAAAUUUUAUAGAAAUAUGAUGGCUGGCAGCGUAUUAUUGUAUGUUUCAAUUAACCUUGUGUUUUUUCAAUUUACCACAUUUUUAGCGGUAAUGAGUGUACUUAGUUUCGCAAUACUAUUUGCAGCUUUUCAAUUUAUGAAUUUCAUGUCCCAACCAAAACUCUCGGAAACAGGAACGGUCAUAGAUAGUGGAACCGAUUUAAAUAUGCAAGGUGGAAUAGCUGAGAACGUGAAAGAUUUAAUAAUUUUAACAUGUGGAACACUGGUUCUCACUUUGUUAUCAAACUACUUUUGGUUAACUUUAUUAUUAAUUCCAAUCAGGGCAGUUUGGAUGUUAUGGGGUUCUGUAAUUAAACCUUGGCUGCAACAGAAAAACGAAGAACCAGAGGUUGACGAAAAGAAACAAAAGAAGAUGGAAAGAAAAAUGAGAAGAAUGAGAUGAAAUACACACCAUCAAUAUUAGGACUUUUUUAUGUUUUCCCUUUUGCUUAACCUUAAUUCUCUUAUGAAAUUUGUUUAUUGUGUGUAAUUAUUUAAAUUGAUUUGUAAGAUUUAGACAAAAAGAUUUUUGAGAAAUAAAAAUUUUUUUUAUAAUUUUGUUAUUUACAUACAUAAA